AUGGCUCUGAAGGGAAACACAGCCGUGGCUCUGAAGGGAAACACAGCCGUGGCUCUGAAGGGAGUUGCUGCGCCCUUGAACCGCCAGGUGCCAGUGGACACAGGGAAAGCAAGUGCGUGCCCCGAGCACAGAGGCCGGGCCGGCUGCCAGGCCUACAUUUCCGCAGCAGAAAUGUCGAGUGAUGAUAAGAAUAAGCCCUGUGACCCUAAAUGCGAUCAAAAGUGCGAGACCAAAUGCCAGCCCAGCUGUCUAAGGAAGCUGCUGCAACGCUGCUCCGAAAAGUGUUUACAGGAAAAGUGCCCACCACCGCCAAAGUGUCCCCCAUGUCCCCCGUGUCCCCCACCGUGUCCCUGGACAUGUCCCAUGACAUGCCCCCCUCCGUGCCCCGCAGCGUGCCCCGCAGCGUGCCCCGCAGCGUGCCCCCCGCCGUGCCCUCCGCCGUGUCCCCUGUUGUGCCCCGCACAGUGCCCCCCGCCAUGCCCCUACAAGGUAUGUGUUAAGCCCUGCCCUCCCAAGUGCCCCUCUCCAUGCCCACCCCCAGAGUGA